AUGCUUCUGCUUGCUCUCAGCCUGCCUGCCGGCCGGCCAGCCCGCACCCGCACCGCCGUGGCACGGCUCGGCCGGCCAGCCCGCACCCGCACCGCCGUGGCACGGCUCGCAGGCGAGGCGUUCAUCGCGUCACCUAUACCGGCUGCACCGGCGACGGCCUACGGCCAAGAACUCGGAGACGGCCCUAUGGUCGCUGACGGCGGUGCACGCGCAAAACCGGCACCCUUCACCCAGAUGGAGCUAGCGGCACUGCAGGGCGUGAGCUUGAGCGCUCGCAAGCCGGCAGAGUACCUCUUAAGCUGGCGCGAGUCGGGAGUCGCACCACUCGGCCUCCUCGACGUGUUUGGCCGCCCAACCACUUUCGCUAGCCUGUUGCGCAACCCCCAAGCUGACCCGGACGGGGACGUCUGGGACGCGGUUCGCAACGACUACCCUGUGCUCAAGGAAAAGGGCGACGACGAGCUAGCUGCGGCGCUUCAGCCGAUCAAGGCGGUCUACGUCGAUCUGCGCUACAUCUGA